AUGGCACUCUUCACAAGAGCCAGCAUCCAUCUGAACACCACCAGCUCUGUUCCCUGUGGAGCAGGUAACACAACAGAACCUGACCUGCCACGCUCACACGCCUACUAUGCCCUCUGUUACUGCAUCCUGAUUUUGGCUAUCAUCUUUGGGAAUGUGCUGGUCUGCUUAGCUGUGCUGAGGGAGCGCGCCUUGCAAACCACCACAAACUACCUUGUGGUAAGCCUGGCAGUGGCGGACUUGCUGGUGGCUACUUUGGUGAUGCCGUGGGUGGUGUACUUGGAGGUGACUGGGGGAGUCUGGACUUUCAGCCGCAUGUGUUGCGAUGUCUUUGUCACCAUGGAUGUCAUGAUGUGCACAGCCAGCAUUUUAAACCUCUGUGCCAUCAGCAUUGACAGAUACACUGCAGUGGUGAAACCAGUGCAGUACCAGUACAACACUGGGCAGAGCUCCUGCAGGAGGGUCUCUCUCAUGAUCGUGGUAGUCUGGAUGCUGGCAUUCGCAGUGUCAUGCCCUCUCCUCUUUGGCUUCAAUACUACAGGGGAUCCCAGUGUCUGUUCAAUAUCCAAUCCUGUUUUCAUAAUCUACUCCUCUUUGGUAUCCUUCUACCUCCCCUUCAUGGUGACCCUUCUGCUGUAUGUCCGGAUUUACCUCGUGCUAAGACAAAGGCAAAAGAAGAGAACCCUCACUCGGCAGUGCAGCUACAACGCCAGCACCAAACCAUGUUUUACACACAAAGAACACAUCAAGAGGAAAACUUUGCCAAACAGAUGCCAGGGCCCAUUUUCCCCUUGUUUCCAGCUCAAAUGCUCAGACCACGAGAUGUCUACCAAAAGAAAGUUGCUGACUGCCUUCAGCCUUCGGCAGUACCGCAGCUUCUGCCAAGAUAGAUCUCUCAGCAAGACACCUGGGACUCCACAACACAACAGGCUGGAAGAGAGGAGAAAGAGUAAGAACCCUGGGCUGGAGGUACAGAGGCUCAGUAAUGGGAAAACUGUCAGCUCUCUGAAGCUAGCGCACCAGCAGCCCCGGCUGAUCCAGCUUCGGGAGAGGAAGGCUACACAGAUGCUGGCUAUUGUUCUGGGGACAUUCAUAGUCUGCUGGAUGCCAUUCUUCUUGAUUCACAUCCUCAACACCCACUGCCUGGCCUGCCACGUGCCCCCAGGGCUAUACAGUGCCAGCACCUGGCUUGGUUAUGUCAACAGCGCCCUCAAUCCCAUCAUCUACACCACCUUCAACACUGACUUCCGCAGAGCCUUCCUCAAGAUCCUCUGCUGCUGA